UUUUUCAUUUGUGUUAAGAGAAAGCGAUAAUGGUGAAGUACACAAGAUUAGAUGAGAAUUCAUCAGUGAAGGUUACUGUUUCAAUUCUUGUAAUAGGUUUUGGUUUUUGUCUUCUUUAUUCUGCUUCUAAUGGGAGUUCAAUUGGAGGUGGUGUUUCAAGUCCUUUUGUAGAUAAAACAGUGCAGGGAGAUGGUGGUAGUGAUGAGUUACUGAGUACAACUGCUUCAAAUGAUGAGUCUGUGGAGAUCCGAAAAGGAAAAUGUGAUCUUGCAAUUGGGGAAUGGAUACCAGAUCCAUUGGGUCCAAUGUACACUAAUGAGAGUUGUAAUGUCAUUACUGAGGAUCAGAAUUGUAUGAUGAACGGGCGACCCGAUUCUGGGUUUCUUUAUUGGAGGUGGAAACCAAGAGAUUGUGAGUUACCGAGGUUUAAUGCAGUGAAGUUUCUUGAUUCGAUGCGGAAUAAACAUUGGGCAUUUAUAGGUGAUUCGAUUUCUCGCAACCACAUGCAGUCAUUCGUUUGCAUUCUCUCUAAGGUGGAAGCAGCAAAUGAAGUUUACCAUGCCAAGGAUUUCAGAAAUAUGCGAUUUCACUUUCCCACUUACAACUUCAACGUUACGGUAAUUUGGUCUCCAUUCUUAGUCAGGGCUUACAAUUAUGAAUAUAAGAAUGGUGUGAAAGCUGAUGCUCAGAUACAUCUCGAUGAGCUUGAUAAAUUAUGGACAGAUCAAUAUACGAGUUUCGAUUAUAUUCUAAUGUCUGGUGGAAAAUGGUUUCUAAGAUCUGCAGUUUACUACGAAAACAAUGCAACUGUUGGUUGUCAUGACUGUUCUGGGAAGAAUUUGACAGAGUAUGGAUUAGAUAAUGCUUAUCGUAAAGCCAUUAAGCUAGUAAUCGACUUCAUCCUCAACUCUAGUCACAAUGCCACAGUUCUGUACAGAACCACAACGUCAGAGCACUUCGAAAAUGGUUCCUGGGACACUGGAGGCACUUGCGAUCGAACUAUACCAUUCAAAGAAGGUGAAAUUAGUUUGAAUCAUCUGGACGUCGUGUUUCGUGAUAUAGAGUCAGAAGCAUUCAAGAAUUUGGCCAACGUUGGCUACACCGGGAAAAGGAAAUCUCUUAAACUGUUAGAUGUUACUAAGCUUUCCUUACUCCGGCCUGAUGGACAUCCUGGUCCAUACAGAAAUCCCCACCCAUUUGCAAAGAAUAAAACUGCUAAAGUUCAGUAUGACUGUCUGCAUUGGUGUUUACCCGGUCCUAUCGACUCUUGGAAUGAUCUGGUCAUGGAAAUGGUGCUGAAUGGCUGAACAUUAUCAGGUACAGGUUAAUCAAACAUUGUAUUCAGUCACUUUCUAGUGCCAACAAACUGUCACCACGUGUGGUGUUGAAUCGUUGUUAGCUGCACGCUGUAAAUACGCCCAGUUAUUCGACAUGGGAGUUCUCCCAUUGUAUUUCGGAUGCCAAAAUUUGGUAAUUUGUAAAUUUUCAAGUUCCUUUGUUCCAAUUUUUGGUUUAUUUCUACAUCUAGACUAUGACACUAUGGCUUCAUUCAACAUGUAAAUACAGUGUUACUGUCA